AUGGAUAAGAACGGUCGCUUGAUGAUAGGAGCUCCACCAGAUAGUAUUGCUACUCCUCAAGAGAGCGGAUGGAUGAACGGUGAGGUGUUCUUCCAAUGGUUGCAACAUUUUAAACAACAUGUUCAGCCAACAGAAACAAAUCCUGUCCUCUUAAUUUUGGAUGGCCACGCUAGUCAUAAGGAGCUGGCAGUUAUAAAAUAUGCACGUAAUCAUCACAUUCAUAUGCUGAGCACACCACCUCAUACAACUCAUAAAUUACAGCCGUUGGACAGGACAUUUUUUAAACCUUUUAAGUCUGUAUUUGCAACUGCAAGUUCAGCAUGGAUGAAGCGAAAUCCUGCAGCUAGAAUCACUGACUAUGAUAUUGCUGCACUUGUGGACGAAGCCUUUAGCAGAGCAGCAAGGUUGGAUAUAGCACAAAACGGAUUCAAGUGCACAGGAAUUUAUCCAUUUAACCCUGAAAUCUUUACUGACAUUGAUUUUUUACCAUCAAUGAUGACAGAUGUGAUGCAAGAAGUUUCUUCCAAAGAAAAUAUGGCCAAUCAGUUCUCAGUAGCACAUUCUUCGCCAGUGCCCUCCACUAGUCAUGCAUUACCUGCAAAUGAACCGGAGUCUUCAACCAGCUCAACAGAUAUAUUGAAACAGCUAUCACCAUUUCCUGACGCAUCGAAAGAACGGUCGUUAAAGCGGGCUCGAAAAACUCAAAGGAGUGAGAUUAUAAAAUCAUCACCUUACAAAAAAGAUAUAGAGGAAAGACAGAAAAGUAGAGACAGAAAAGCGAAAAAAAAACAAAAAAGUAAAGGCACUAAAAAGAUGUAA